AUGUUACAAACUCCUGUUUUGCCUGCAAUAUUCUAUAUAGGCCAUAAAAAGCAAAAAAGUGGUUAUCCAAGAAUUGGAAACUAUGAUUUACGCGUGAUUGUUAUGCGUCAUGGCGAACGAAUUGAUCAAGUACUCGGUCCUAAUUGGUAUAAAUCUCCUCAGGCUCAUGCACAGGUACCAAAAAAUAUGCCCAAACGCCCAAACUCAUUGUUAUAUGUAUUUGAUCCACCGAUUACACGAGAAGGUGAAAGACUCGCUAUGCUGAGAGGUAAGCAAUUAGCGACGCUAGGAGCAGCAGCUGAUUACUGCUAUUCUUCACCAUCAUCUCGAACAGUCAUCACUGCUAGUAACUUAUUGAUUGGAAUGAAUCGAGCAUCUGUUCCUAUAAAGAUUGAUCCGAUAUUGUUUGAAACUAUGUCUUGGAAUCCACAUCUGAAAAUGCUAGGAAAUAUUUCACCAUUCAUGUCUACUAAAGAUUGGUCAACAGCAGGAUACAAUAUAGAUCGGCGAUACCACCGUUUAGCGACCUAUUUAAAUCCAAAUGAAACAGAGUAUGAGUAUUAUCAUCGAAGUGAACUAUUUUUACGUUCAAUUGAAAGACGAUACGGUUCUGGUCGUUCGCGGAAGAAUAUUCUUGUUGUUGGGCAUGCAUCUUCGACAGAAAUUUUUCCUAUCAUAGCGGGACGUUAUAAAUUCGAUGGAAAUAGAUUUGGACAUAAUUUAACAAAUAUGCCAUUUUUGCAUACAGUUAUAUUAGAAAGAGAUGCUUAUUCAAAAAUUUGGUCAGUAAAACCGGUGAAUAUUUAA